AUGAGUGCUUCGAAAAUCCUUUCACAAAAACUCAAAGUCGCCUUGGUCCAGUUGUCAGGCUCUAGUCCUGACAAAAUGGCCAACCUUCAAAGAGCGGCAACGUUCAUUGAAAGGGCUAUGAAGGAACAGCCGGAUACAAAGUUGGUCGUAUUGCCAGAAUGCUUCAAUUCUCCGUAUUCCACUGAUCAGUUUAGAAAGUAUUCGGAAAUUAUCAAUCCGAAAGAGCCUUCAACGUCAGUUCAGUUUCUAUCCAAUUUAGCUAGUAAGUUUAAAAUCAUCUUGGUAGGAGGAACGAUUCCAGAAUUGGACCCAAAGACAGACAAGAUCUAUAACACCUCCAUAAUUUUCAAUGAGGAUGGGAAGUUGAUUGAUAAGCACCGGAAAGUCCAUCUUUUUGAUGUGGAUAUUCCCAACGGUAUAUCGUUCCAUGAAAGUGAAACCUUGAGUCCUGGAGAGAAGUCCACUACCAUUGACACGAAAUAUGGUAAGUUCGGCGUGGGCAUAUGCUAUGAUAUGAGGUUUCCAGAACUGGCGAUGCUAAGUGCACGCAAGGGGGCCUUUGCAAUGAUCUAUCCCAGCGCAUUCAACACGGUCACGGGGCCAUUGCACUGGCAUUUACUGGCAAGGAGCAGGGCAGUCGACAACCAAGUGUAUGUGAUGUUAUGUUCUCCAGCAAGGAAUUUACAAAGUUCUUACCAUGCUUAUGGCCACUCCAUAGUGGUGGACCCUAGAGGUAAGAUCGUAGCUGAAGCUGGCGAAGGAGAAGAGAUUAUCUAUGCUGAGUUGGAUCCCGAAGUCAUUGAGUCAUUCAGACAAGCAGUUCCCUUGACGAAACAAAGAAGAUUUGACGUAUACUCUGAUGUAAAUGCGCAUUAG